AUGUAUAUAGGACAAAGCCUCUGCGAAAGAGCUAACGUGCUCAGGAUGUUGAUAACCGAACAAAAGUUACCUUACACGAAUUUUAGCAAGAUCAGUAGGUGCACCGACUAUGUGAAUCAUGGAACCGGUAACCCUGUGGCUAUCAUUAAAUAUUUAAUUGAAAAAAAAUGGUUUUCCGAAAACACCCGUUGCGAUGAAUACGGGGAUGAUGACCGGACAGAGGAUGUGAGAAGGUCGCUCGCCUUGGAUGUAUGGAUCCGGGAGAAGAUAGAUAAUGGAGUCAUCACCUCGCCCAAAUAUGAUCCAGUCGAAGGACGAGUGCCGAAGUCGCUGUGGGUCACGGUGAAGCGGAAGAUCGAGGAGUUGCUGUUACAGGUCCCUCUUCAAGCAUCAGACGAGACCAUGUACUUAAAGUUUACGGAGGUUUGGUGGGAAGGAAGGGUGAAAAAUGGACCGUCGCCCACGGCAAAGAAUAGUGUGUGA